AAACACAUACCUAAUCGAAAUAAGCUUUGUUAAAUUAUUACCUCCAAUUUAUUUUAAAAAGCAAUAAUCUUUGUUUCUACGAAAUUUCCCAUUUGAUUCUUUCUUUUUUAUUCUUUUUGAAAAUUUUUUUUCCUUUAAUCUUCUCAUGGGUUCCAUUUGGAUUUACGGACUGAGUGUGAAGUGUUAAAGGGGGCUGCUUUGGCCAACUCUGCUCUCUCUCUUUCUCUCUCACACUGUUCCAAAGUAAUUGAGAUAAAGGGAAAGAAAAGAAAAGUUGAAGACUUUCUUCUCUGCUUCUCUUUCAAGUCUCUUGUAAGUAUCAAACAUUCUUGUUUUUCUUCUAAUAUCCUAUCCCUGUCUGAUUCAACUGUGUCGGCUGCUGUUUUUGGUAUCCAGGACAAUAAAGAAGUAUUCUGCUGUGUGUGAUUUAUAUGGGAAGUUUUUUAUUGUUAUUGUUUCAGUUUUUGCAUCUGGCCUGAUCUUUAAGUCAAAGGGUCUCGAUUCAUGUUCUUGGAUUUUGUAAAGAGCUUCUUCCCAAUUUUCCAGAUGAUGAUAUGUCGAAACAAGAAGCUUUUUUCGAUUCUUUAACUAAUAUGCUUCUGGAUUUUGCUUAGUUUGUGUUAGGAAGUGGGUUUCUGUAGAGGUGGGUUUGCUUUUCUGAAGUUUGAUAUGGAUUUUUUGCACCUGCUUGCUGUUCUCUGAUCGUGAAGUUUUGUUUCUGUCCUUUUAAUGGACUAAAACCUGCUUCAGAGGAGUCUCUGAUCACAGCUGGGUUUUGUAGGAACUUGUAUAUAACUUUUGAGUUAUGAUCAAGCAAAUACUUGGUAGGCUUCCACGGAAGCCAUCUAAAUCUUCUGAGAAUCGUGAAUUUAGUGGUCAAUCUGCACCUUCUUCGAACACUUCUACUGGUUCUAAAAGCAGUAAUCUUGUGAGCAAUAAGCCUUCCACUUUGAACAAUUCGUCUACUCUGGUCUCUGAUUCUGCUUCUCAUUUAGGUUAUGGUCAUGGAACUAAGCCUACCCAGUCUGUGAAUCAAAAACUGAAUGACAAUUCAGUAGUUGCUCCUUAUGAGGCAUUGCCAGGAUUUAAGGAUGUCCCCAAUUCUGAGAAGCAAAAUUUGUUUAUUGGAAAGCUGAACUUGUGUUGUGUGGUGUUCGACUUCAGUGAUCCAACUAAGAAUUUGAAAGAAAAGGACAUCAAACGCCAGACAUUGGUGGAGCUUGUGGAUUAUAUUGCUUCUGCAAAUGGGAAGUUUACAGAAACUGUCGUGCAAGAAGUUAUAAAGAUGGUGUCUAUGAAUUUAUUUAGGUCGCUUACUCCACAACCACGUGAGAAUAAGGUUUUAGAAGCCUUUGAUUUGGAAGAGGAGGAACCCUUGAUUGACCCUGCAUGGCCUCACUUGCAAAUUGUGUAUGAAUUCUUUAUGAGAUUUGUUGCCUCCCCUGAGACAGAUGCAAAGUUGGCCAAGAGGUACAUUGAUCAUUCUCUUGUUCUCAAGUUGUUAGAUCUCUUUGAUUCUGAGGAUCCAAGGGAGAGGGAGUACCUGAAGACAAUUCUACAUCGUAUCUAUGGAAAGUUUAUGGUUCAUCGCCCAUUUAUAAGGAAGGCUAUUAACAACAUCUUCUUCCGUUUUAUUUUUGAGACGGAGAAACAUAAUGGAAUUGCAGAGCUUUUAGAGGUUUUAGGAAGUAUAAUCAAUGGAUUUGCUCUGCCGCUAAAAGAAGAACAUAAAUUGUUCCUUGUUCGGGCACUAAUCCCCCUUCACAAGCCAAGGUGCUUACCUAUGUACCAUCAGCAGUUAUCAUACUGCAUUACACAGUUUGUGGAAAAAGACUGCAAACUUGUAGAUACUGUUAUAAGGGCUUUAUUGAAGUAUUGGCCUAUCACUAAUAGUUCAAAGGAGGUAAUGUUCCUAAGUGAGCUGGAGGAAGUCUUAGAAGCAACCCAGCCAGCAGAAUUUCAAAGAUGUGUUGUUCCCCUGUUCCGACAGAUAGCUCGUUGCUUGAGCAGUUCACACUUCCAGGUGGCAGAAAGGGCUUUGUACUUGUGGAACAAUGAUCAUAUUGAGAACUUAAUCAGACAGAACCGAAAAGUUAUACUGCCCAUCAUCUUCCCUGCCUUGGAAAAGAAUGGAAGUAAUCACUGGAAUCAGGUGGUGCAGAGCUUAACUGUUAAUGUUCGCAAGAUCUUUGCUGAUGUUGAUCCUGAGCUGUUUGAAGAGUGCUUAAAGCAAUUUCAAGAAGAUGAAGCAAGGGCAGAAGAUAUGAAGGUGAAACACGAAGCCACAUGGAAGCACUUAGAAGAGAUUGCUGCAAGAAAAGCUGCAGGUAGUGAAGCAGUGCUUGUUCCCCACGCUAUACCCACCCUAACAUCCUCAGGCUAGAGCUAUAGGGAUAUCCAUGUUUUGUAUAAAGUAUUCAAUUUUAUUGAUUGGUCUAGGAGCCAAAAGACGGUUAUUAAGCUUUAAGAAAGAGAAAGAAUCCAAUUUCUUUGUUGCUGCUCUCCAAUUUUUUCUGGUUGUCAAAGUCAAGACAGUCAGGGGAAACAUUUGUGGAGCAAUGGAGUUGACAUGCCAUUUGCUCAUGGGGAUCAUAUAUACAAGGUACACUUGGAGCAGAAGUUAACAAGCUGUGCUCCACAUUUAUGAUGAGGGAGUGGAAAUAACUAGUUUAGUUUGACCUUCUUAUAGUUGAUAUUUUAGUGUCUCAAGGAGCUACAAAAUACAAAUCACAGGUACUUUAUGCACUCAGUCUUGAUUUUAAUUGGUUUUGAUGUAUUUACUGAAAUUUCUUUGACCUCA